AUGUGGGACGGACUUUUCAUGCUGCUCACUUUGAGCACCAUCAUGGCGAUUGCUUCGUUCAUUGCCGGCAUCCUCCCCCUUUCCUUCACCCUCUCGCCACGACAGCUGCGCAUCAUCACGCUUCUUGGCACCGGCGUGCUGGUGGGCACAUCGCUCAUAGUCAUCAUCCCAGAGGGCAUUGAGACCAUGUAUAGCGCAGGCAACACCCACUCGCACGUCUCUCGAAGCGUUCGACCCACCGUUCCCAACAUACACAAGCUGCAGACUGGCAUCAACCACCCUUCAGCCUUCAACAUUGGCGCCAGAGGAGAGGUCGUGGACACCGACUUCGUGAGAGUGGGUGCUGCCAAGGCGCCGGCCGGCGAUGUCUCUGAACAGAGAGCGCCUGUUGAAUUUCGACACAAGAGAAUGCAAGAGCUGAAGGAAAAGGCAAAAGAGAAGCAGGUCGAAGAAGAGGAGCACCACCUGGCGCAAAAGGGCGGUGACGACGACUCCACAGAAGGCCACAAGGAGGGCCACACACGUGUGCAUGCGCCCGAGGAGGACGAGAACAGCCACAAGCUCGUCGAACAGAUGGAGGGCCCAAGCCCGCAUGCCUACAUUGGUGUAGCUUUGAUUCUGGGGUACAUCCUCAUGUUCCUGGUCGACAACAUCCCAGAAGCACUGUCUUCGUCCCAGCAGCAGUACCAGCCCAUGCACAUUUCCUUGUCCAACUUGCACCGCGGACCACACAACUCUUCCAGCCUUAGUCUGAAUGGACUGACCACACCUGGCUCACCACCAAUGAUGACGCCCACGCCCAUGGCACCCCCUAAGAAGAAGACUUCUGCGACGACAAUAGGCCUCGUAGUACACGCUUGCGCAGACGGAAUAGCCCUGGGUGCCUCCUCAGCUGCCCCGUCAGGCUCCUUGUCGUUCAUCGUCUUCCUAGCUAUCAUGCUCCACAAGGCCCCUGCCGCAUUCGGCCUCACCUCGGUUUUGCUGAAACAGGGGCUUUCAAAGCGCACCGCGCGAACUCACCUGGCCUUCUUUAGUUUGGCUGCUCCUGCUGGCGCCUUUGCAACGUGGGCAAUCGUCCAUAUACUCGGACGCGGCAGACUUGGUGGAGACGAAGGCUUGACGUGGUCGACAGGAUGGGUGCUGUGCUUCUCCGGCGGCACAUUCUUAUACGUGGCCAUGCACUCUAUGAUCGAGGCGACCAAUCCCCAAGAAGAGCCAGUCAUCCACGGCUAUUUGGACGCGCCACUUGGCAAGACGACCAUGUCCAAGACUGAUAUUCUCAUCGUCGUCUUCGGCAUGUUGGUACCGCUCGUUACGCAGAUCGGGCACGCUCAUGCGCAUGCUCUCUGA